AUGGUUGAAAUAACACAGAUUGAUGAGAAAAAUAGUAAUACCACUAACGGUGCUAGUAGAACAGCUGCUCAUACACAUAUUAAAGGUUUAGGAUUAGACGAAUAUGGUGUAGCUAAAAAGGUAGAAGGCGGUUUUGUAGGCCAAGUUGAAGCUCGUGAAGCUUGUGGUGUUAUUGUGGAUCUUAUUAAAUCGAAGAAAAUGUCUGGCAGAGCUAUUCUGCUCGCUGGUGGCCCAUCUACUGGUAAAACAGCUUUAGCUCUAGCAAUCUCUCAAGAAUUAGGCCCCAAGGUCCCUUUCUGCCCAUUGGUAGGUAGUGAACUAUAUUCUGUUGAAGUAAAAAAGACUGAAACUCUAAUGGAAAAUUUCAGAAGAGCAAUCGGUCUAAGAAUUAAGGAGACUAAAGAAGUAUAUGAGGGUGAAGUUACAGAAUUAACUCCAGAAGAUGCAGAAAACCCAUUAGGUGGCUAUGGUAAAACUAUCUCUCAUGUAAUUGUAGGUCUAAAAUCAGCAAAAGGUACAAAAACUUUAAGAUUAGAUCCUACUAUAUAUGAAAGUAUUCAACGUGAAAAAGUCAGUGUUGGAGAUGUCAUAUAUAUUGAAUCCAACACCGGUGCAGUUAAGAGAGUUGGUAGAUCUGAUGCAUUUGCUACUGAAUUCGACUUAGAAACUGAAGAAUAUGUUCCAUUACCAAAGGGUGAAGUUCACAAGAAAAAAGAAAUCGUACAAGAUGUCACAUUACAUGAUUUAGAUAUUGCUAAUGCCAAACCUCAAGGUGGCCAAGAUGUCAUCUCCAUGAUGGGACAGUUACUAAAACCAAAGAAAACUGAAAUUACUGAAAAACUAAGACAAGAAGUUAACAAAGUUGUUGCUAAAUAUAUCGACCAAGGUGUUGCUGAAUUAGUUCCUGGUGUUCUUUUCAUUGAUGAGGUUAAUAUGUUGGAUAUUGAAAUUUUUACAUACUUAAACAAAGCUUUAGAAUCAAACAUUGCCCCAGUUGUAGUUUUAGCAUCCAAUAGGGGUAUGACAACCGUUCGUGGUACUGAGGAUGUUAUUUCUCCACAUGGUAUUCCUCCAGAUUUAAUUGACAGAUUAUUAAUUGUACGUACACUUCCAUACACAAGAGAUGAAAUUCGUACUAUUAUUGAGCGUAGGUCAAAAGUUGAAAAUCUAUCAUUAGAAGAAAUCGCACUAGACCGCCUUGCUGACUUGGGCAGUGAAACAUCUUUGCGUUAUGUUUUACAGUUGAUGUCACCUGCUGGUAUUUUGGCACAUGCCACUGGCCGCAGUGAUAUUACAAUUAGUGACAUAGAAGAAGCCAAAUUAUUAUUCCUAGACGUUAAGAGAUCUACGAAAAUCUUAGAGGACUCAAGUAGUUACUUGAAAUAG